UUGUAUCCGUUUGUUGUUUUCAAUGUUUAUCAAUAAUUGAAUUGCCUUUUACUGUUUGUCCAUGUCUUUCAUUUUAUGCAGCAGGCAAAAAGAAUUUAUUUCAUCACAUGUUUGGUUAAUGAUAAUAAAGCAAUCUUGAAUCUUAAACUAUUUUAUAUUAUGAAGGAGAUUGCAGUUCCAUUGGUGAUGUGGAAGAUGAAAAUAAGACCAAUUCAGAAAAUAAGACCAAUUCAAAAAAUAAUAUAAAAAAUUUGUUUACAGCUUGAGCAGUGGCUGAUCUAGGAUUAAAGAAUGGAGGAUGGCUAGGUAGUGUAUACAGGUUGUUCAUGGAGGCCUCGACCCCAGAACUUUCCACAUUCUGAGGUCUGUUAAUGAUGUUGAAGUCUCAUACAAAUAAAUAAAAUAAUUCUGGCUUUUCUGUUGACGGAUAAUAUCAACAAGACCAGAUGAAAUUAUUUGAUCAUAUGAUGAUAAUGAUUACAUAAACAGCAGCACAGUAUCAGUAGUGGAGCCUAAUAUGAGAGAAGAGAGUCAAUGGCUGGGGUGAAUGAGGGUGGGAAUGAGAUGAGCUUAAUUGUAGGUUAUUUGGUAAAAUGUAAACCACUCCACAAAGCAUCUUGACUUUAGAAAUGUUAACUUUGUUUCUAUUACUUGGUAUAAAGGGAUUGCUCUAGUCUAGGCCUAUGUAUUUUUGUGGGAAAGGUUAUCCACCCUAUUCACUUCUCCCCAUCCUAGAUCUAUCCUUGCUUGAGUUAUUUAAAUAGCUGUUGUUGCUGAUUGAUUGAUUGACAAAGAUUCUGAAGACCACCGGUACAGUAAUAUUAGCACAACAAGCGAUUGUGUUGUUAAGGGAAUGGUCUUAUAAUCAAUACUUAUGAUUCAAUCUUUGCAAGAUAUAAAAAAAAAUUGCACUGAUAUGUACGUAUAAUAUUUCUUUUAGGAUACUUCUUGUGAUUAUUUUUGCGUGAUACUUUCUAUGAAGUAUUUUUUAAAGUAGAAUGAUCGAUAUUGAUUUGUUUUAAGUUUUAUGUGUUAUUAUUUUUACAGGCCAAUCAGACGCCACAUGAUCUCUAUAUAAAGAAUACAUGUUGGAGGUAUGAUUUUACAAAUAGAGAAAAACACAAGGAAGAAGUCUUGCAACUUCUGCAAGGGAUUGCAGUCCCAGAAGUAAUUAUGGCUAGAGGAGAAGCAGCUCUGAAGGUUUUUAAUGAGGAGUUGGAAGAUGGGAAAAUUACAGUAAACCACGCACGAUUAAUGGUGACUGGAAAGGAGGGCGUUGGAAAAACGUGUUUGGUAAACACUCUGCUUGAAAAACCAUUUAAUGAAGCAGAACCAUCAACGGAUGGAAUUGUUUUGACUACUGCUUUCCAAACUACUGGUGUUGGUUGUAAGUGGAAAGAAACUGAGGACAUGGACGAGUGUGAACGGAUUAAGCUGAUAUAUGAUAAUGAAUUAGAAGGUAGAGUUGCUGAGAAAUUAAAACUAAAAAGUAAUCAAACAGAGGGAGUUGAAUCGACACCUCAACCAGCACUAGAAUCAGCAGCUCAACCAGCAUCUCUACCAGAACCAGCACCUCUACCAGCACCAGAACCAGCACCUCUACCAGCACCAGAACCAGCACCUCAACCAGCCCCUCUACCAGCACCAGCACACAUGCCUAAAAGAACGAGAACCCAGAAAUUAAUUAGGCGUGUGUUCUCUCCAUUCUCCAAAAAAAGGAGAAAAGGAAAACCAUCUUCCACACUAGAGUAUGAUGUGAUGUCAGGACCAAUAAAAACCGAACACAAAGAAGACGAACAGAAAACAAACCAAGCCACUAGUUCAAGCCAAGCACUCCCAUCUCAAACACCAAAAAGAAUACCAGAACUCAAAGAAGUAUCAAGCCAAGCACUUCCAUCUGAAAUUCAGGAAAGACUUGUUGAUAGAAUUACUAGAAAGACCUCACAGGCCAUUGAUAACAAAGAUAUGACUUAUAUCUGGGACUUUGCUGGCCAGCAGCUGUACUACAUCACACAUCGAGUAAGUACUUUAAGAACAUUAUCAAUGUUAUGUAAUGACACAUGAGUUCAGGGAGGGACUUUCACAGAUUUAUGAUUAUGGCACCUCUAGAUUGCUGGAAAUGGC